UCUCCGUCUCACAAAGCGCCCCAGACCCAUGGCCGCCGUGGACUCGGAGCCGACGGAGGAGCGAGGGAGGGGAAAAGGCCUCAGUUUUAGAUUUUGAAAAGCAAUGGCAUCAGGAGAGGUUCUUCACUUCCAGUUUCUUCGUCAUGAGUCAACGACCUUGAAGAAGAUGAACCAGCUGCGUCUGGAGAAGCGUUUCUGCGAUGUGACCAUCGUGACGGAGCAGCUGAGGUUCCCCGGGCACCGGGUGGUGCUGGCAGCCUGCUCCCCCUUCCUGCGCGACCAGUUCCUCCUCAACCCGUCCAAGGAGGUACGGGUGGCGCUGAGCGAGGGCGCGGAGAUACUCUCCCGCCUGCUGCUCUCGUGCUACACCGGGGCACUGGACUUCCCCUUCAAGGAGGUGGUGAACUACCUGACGAUGGCCAGCUACCUGCAGAUGGACCACGUGGUGGAGGAGUGCAGGCGGGCACUGUCCAGGUAUAUUGACCCCCGCGUCAAGAUCAAGGAUGAUGGCUGCGGUCCGGAGGCGCAGGCCCAAAUUGAGGCCCAGGCCCAGGAGGAGGCCGAGAUCAAGUCGGAGUCUGAGGAGAACGAAGAGGCCGAUGACGUUUAUGUAAUCAUCGAUGCGGACAGCCCGGUGGCAGAACCUUCUGGAAGCCGGCCAAGCACGUCCCGGCAACCGGCCUACCCCGACCUCUCCGAGACGACCGAUGACGAGGAGGGCUGCGUUCUGAUUGGCGGCGGCUUCCCCGAGGACGAGGACAGCUCGGCCAGUGAGGAGUGCGGGGCCGCCUGCUUCAUCGGGCCCCGAGCUCCCCCCAGCCCUCAGGGAACCCCAGCUGCCCCCUACCCCCAGCCCAUUCACUGCAGCGAGUGUGCACAGGCCUUCCAGCACCCGGAGCAUCUGGUGGCCCACAUGAAGGCCCAUAAGCUCUUCAUGUGUCCCAGGUGUGGCAAGGUGUUUAGCCAGCGGGUCAACCUGGCCAGGCACGUCCACGUGCAUACGGGCAUCAAGCCUUACCUCUGCACCGUCUGCGGCAAGACGUUCACCCAGAACCGCUCGCUGAAGGAUCACAUGAACCUUCACAGCGGCGCCAGGCCUCACCACUGCCACUACUGCAACAUGAGCUUCGCCCACAAGCCUGCCCUCCGCAGGCACCUCAAAGAGCAACAUGGCAAGACCACAGCCGACAACUGUCAGUUAGCCCAGCUAACCAUGGCUGCUGCGGACACUGAGCUAUUUGGCUCUGGAAGCUGCUCGGCAUGGGGAGGCGGCAUUGAUCAAAAUGUGUUGAGUGGAUUUUUGCCGACCCCUCAUUUGCUGGAUUGGCCCUUCCCCCGCCUCCCGCCUCGGGUUGUUUACUUUAGUUUUCCUUCAUUCUGUGCCAGGCGGAACCCCGAAGUUAAAACAUUUGCCCCACCUGCCCUCUCAGCCGGGAGAACAAUGGCGACCGGGAAGCUGCUGCAAUUCCAAUUCCCUGAGCACGAUGGGGUCACGAUGAAGAAGAUGAACGAGCUGCGUCUGGAGGAGUGGUUCUGCGACGUGACCAUCCUGGUGGGGGGGCUGCGGUUCCCGGGACACCGCGUGGUGCUGGCGGCCUGCUCGCCCUUCCUGCGGGACCGCUUCCACAUGAACCCCUCGCAGGAGGUGCAGGUCUUCCCCAUGGCCGCCUCGGAGGUGGUCCUGCAGCUGCUGCUCUCGUGCUACACCGGGAGGCUGGAGUUCCCUUUCCGCGACAUCGUGGACUACCUGACGGCGGCCAGCUGCCUCCAGAUGGAGCACGUGGUGGAGAAGUGCCGGCAGUCGCUGUCGCCCUGCGUGGCCUCGCUGAUCACCGAGGAGGGGGAAGGGGAGGGGCGUCCAGGCACCCCGCAGAUCGCCAGCUCCUCGGAGCGGCCAGCGCCCGAGCCCGAGAGUCUGCCUGGCUGGCCAGCCGGCAAGGGCGUGGUGGCCGGAGGCGAGCCGGUGAAGGUGGAGUCCGAGUCGGCGCACCCGGCUCUCCCCGGCGAGCAGGAAGGCGCGGCUGCCUACCUGGAGACCGACUGCCGCAUCCACUCCACGGUGGAGGGCAGCCGGGGCUGCGAGGGGCCAGGCGCCUCGGGCUACCCCGAGCGUGCCAAAGCCGAGGGGAUGGAGGACGAGGGCUUUGUGGUGGUGCAGGAGGAGCUGCAGGAGGAGGAGGACUACGAGAGCUCGGCCAGCGAGGAGUGCCGCAGCGGCGGCUUCUAUGGCGGCUUCUACCGGCCGGGGGAAGAGCCGCCGCCGCCGCCGCCCGCGGGGGCCAGGGGGGAGGUGCCUGGGCGCCCUGAGCCGGUGCGCUGCUCCGAGUGCGGCGCCCCCUUCGAGCACCGCGAGCACCUGGCAGCCCACAUGGUGGUCCACAAGCUCUACAUGUGCCUGCUGUGCGGCAAGGUCUUCAAGAAGAACGCGCGGCUGGCCCAGCACAUCAACGUGCACACCGGCUUCAAGCCGUACUGCUGCGCCAUCUGCGGCAAGACCUUCACCCAGAACCGCUCGCUCAAGGACCACAUGAACGUGCACAGCGGCGACUCGCCCCACUGCUGCAACUACUGCGACAUGCGCUUCACCCACUACAACACCCUGCGGGUCCACCUGCGCGACCAGCACGGCAAGACCACCGGCAAGAACUCCACCGAGAGCAAGCUGGCCGAGAUCAAUGUGGUGGUGCCCUAGCCCGUGUGAGGGGGAGGGGGGGGUGGGGGGAGGGGUACGGGUGAGAGAGAGGAGGAGGGGCAUCCUCGACUCGCUGACAGCAGACAUGCCCCACAAACGCCAACUGUAAAUUCCCCGCCCCAACCAAACACAAGCAUCCUCUCCCUCUCUCUCUCUCUCUGACACCUUCGCCCUUUUCCCUCUUCAACUGCCCUAUUGAUUUGGGCACAGGUGGUGGGCAGAGGUCACUUGCUGCCCUGUCACCCCCCCCCCCCCCCCCCCAACGGAAGUUGCCAUUGCGAUUUGCUCCCCAGGACUCUGAGGGUGAGAACCUCCAGCCCGUUACAAUUGAAGGACUCUCCCAGAGGUCUCCCCCAGCCACUGAGGCUUUGUGACGCGCUGAUCAAUCGAAUCCAGAGCCACACCACAGCUGGUAGAAUCAGACAGGACAGGAGACCAUUUGGUCCAUCGUGGCCCUGCUAGUUCUCCAUAGGUAGAACUACCCAAUUAAUCCCGAUCCCCUGCCCUCUCCCCACCAUUUUUCUGUUUUUCCUUGUCUUAUUCACAGAAAGCAUAGACAUUUACAGCAUGGAAGGUUGGCAUUCAGUCCAUCAUGUGCAGACGCGAUGGGCCGAAUGGCCUCCUGUGCUGUUAAAAUUCUGUGAUGUGGGCUCCUAGCCAUCCAGCCCAACCCCACUUCCCAGCUCUUGCUUUGUAGCCACGCAGGUUACAGCACCUCGAGUGCAGAUCCAAAUACUUUUUAAAUGUUAUAGAAUCAAAUUCCCUUUUCUAAAUUAUUGAAUCUCCUUCCACCACCCAUUUGGGCCGUGGAUUCCAGGUCACAACAACUCGCUGCCUGAAGUAACAUUUCCUCAUGUCACCUCUGGCUCUUUUGCCAAUUACCUUAAACCUGUCUCCACCAGCUACCGACACUCCUGCCACUGGAAACAGUUUCUCGUUUACUCUAAAACAGAACCAUUCGCAGUUUUGCACGCCUGUAUUCAAUCUCCACUUAACCUUCUCUGCUCCAAGGUGAACAACCCCAGCUUCUCCACGCAACUGAAGCUCCUCAUCCCUAGGAUUCUCGUAAAUCUCCUCCGCAACCUCCCCAAGGCCUUGAUAUCUUUCCCAGAGUGCAGGGCCCAGAGCUGGACACAACUGAGGCCCAACCUGCAUUUAAUACAGGCUGAGCGUAACUCCCCUGCUUUCCUGUGGCUAAAUCAGUUCCCAAUGAGAGCUGAGCAGGUAACUGACCCUGGUCAGUAUCGGACCAGGUCUGUUCUGCUGCCCUCGCUGAGAAUGAGCUGUGUGCUCCCAGUAACCCUGCAAAUCCCUCUAGUGAUCUUGUGUUUUGCAUAUUGAGCUCUCAAUAACUCUUUUUACAUUUAAAAGAUUAAAUGUGUAGUUUUUAGGCAAUUUUGUGGUGGUUAUUCAUUUCAGCUCUGAUGAUAAUAUUGGGCACAAUCUUUGACAGUUUAUCGAAUAAAGUCAAAUUUCAUAA